UCGCUUCCUACAGCUUAUACAACAUAAGGAGCAGGCAUUUCUGGAACAUCACUCCACCUGGAAAAAAUGAGACCAUGCUGCAGUAUGCCGACUGGGGUCCUCAGGGGAGUCAGCUGGUGUUUAUCUUCAAUAAUGAUAUAUACUAUCAAGAAUCAGCUUUAGGUCCGGUGCUACGACUUACUUCCUCAGGGGAUUCAGAGAGUGUGCUCAAUGGUAUUUCUGACUGGACUUACCAAGAGGAAGUGCUGCACAGUUAUGCUGCUUAUUGGUGGUCUCCUGAUGGGGCUAGGUUAGCCUAUCUCUCUAUCAACACUAGCCGUGUCCCUAACAUGGAGCUGCCACACUUUGUGGGUGCCGACUACCCAGCCAGCACACAUUAUGCCUACCCAAAGGCAGGACAGGCCAUUCCCGUAGUAAAAGUGUUUGUUGUCAAUCUAUAUGGUCCAUCACACACUGUGGAGAUCCUUCGCCCUGAUUCUUUUGAGUACAGGGAAUAUUACAUCACUCUGGUCAGCUGGGUGACGAACAUUCAGCUUGCUGUGCAAUGGUUAAAUCGUUCUCAGAACUUAUCAGUCCUCACCAUUUGUGAUGCAGUCACUGGGGCCUGUGUAGAGAAGCACAGAGCCUCAGCGGAUGUAUGGAUCAGUACCCAGGCCGUUCCUGUGUUCUCCAAUGACAACAUCUUCCUCUUGGUGCCAGUAAAACAGGGUGGACAAGGGGAAUAUAUGCAUGUGGCUAUGUUAUCCAUGCAGACCCAGCAGCUUGGUAGUAAGGACAGUUCACUGCGUAUGCUGACAUCUGGUGACUGGGAUGUUACAAGGAUUGUGGCAUACAAUGAAGACAAUGAAACAGUUUAUUUUCUGAGCACUGAAGACAUGCCCAGGAGAAGACACUUGUACAGUGUGGAGACUUCAGGAGUACUAAACCGAACUUGUGUGACCUGUGACCUCAUUCCAGACUGCCAUUUUGUGGAUGUGGAGUUCAGCCCUAGAGGCAGCUACUUCAUCUUGUUCUGCAAAGGUCCAGGAAUUCCUCACAUUUCUGUACAUCCAAUUAACAAUCCUAAGGACUUCCUAUUCAUUGAGGACAACCAAGCCUUGAAAAUGUAUCUCAGCACAAAAGACAUGCCAGAGACAAUGUACAGAACUAUUCAAAUCGAUGGUUAUGACCUAUCCCUCCGUCUGACUCUUCCAUCAGGCUACCAGGAUUCUGAGUACCCCGUAGUUCUCUGGCUGCCAGAAGCACCAGGCUCUCAGCAGGUCACAGAGAUAUUCUCUCUUGGGUGGGAAUCAGUGCUUGUAAGUUGUUUCCAGAUAAUUGUAGUAAAGAUUGAUGGCCGGGGGUCUAAAAAUCAAGGUCUGAAUAUGCUGCAUGGAGCUGACCGAAAGCUGGGUUCGGCUGAGAUUAAAGAUCACCUGCCUCUGGUGCAGUAA